AUGUCCUCCCAGUUGCAUGUUUUCUCUCUUCAGACUCUGAAACAUCGUUGCCUCGCCACACUCAAAACGCGGAGCCCACAUAUCAGCUGCCUCGCAGUCCGGGAUAACCUCCUCUACGCCGCCGCCAUCAACGAGAUCAACGUCUUCGAUUUAUCUAACCACUCCCCGGUCGAUUCUUUUAACGACGAUCCCACCUCCGGGUUCGUCAAGUCCAUUGCAUUCAACAACACGAAAAUCUUCACUGCUCAUCAAGAUGGCAAGAUCAGAAUCUGGGCAAUCACCCUUUCCAAAAAACACCAACUUCUCUCCACUCUCCCCACAGUUAAAGACCGCUUCCUUCAUUUCAUGUUGCCAAAGAACUACGUUAAUGUUAGGCGUCAUAAGAAGAGGCUUUGGAUAGAACACUGGGAUACAGUUUCGGGUUUGGUUAUAGUAAACCAGAAAGGGCUAAUGUAUUCGGUUUCAUGGGACAAAAGUUUCAAGAUAUGGAACGUAAAUAACCGACGUUGUUUAGAGUCUGUUAAAGCUCAUGAAGAUGCCGUAAACACUUUGGUUGUUUCGGACAAUGGAACUGUAUACACAGGCUCUGCAGAUGGGUUGAUUAGGGUUUGGGAGAGAGCUAAUAAGGUGAGACGGCACAGCUUGGUGGCUACUCUAGACAAGCACAAAUCUACUGUUAAUGCGCUUGCUUUAAACGGUGACGGAUCGGUGUUGUUUUCGGGAGGCUGUGAUCGUUCCAUCGUGGUGUGGGAGAAGAAAGGAGAGAAUAAUGCCGAAAAUGAUCAGGUGGGAUUUGUAGAAGCAUUGUGGGGUCAUUCAGGCGCUAUAUUAUGCUUAAUCAACUUAGGGGAUUUGUUUGUGAGUGGAUCAUCCGAUCGGACGGUGAGGGUUUGGCAACGUGGGAAGGAGUGUGGGUUCCAUUGUAGUAUAGUGCUGGAGGGACACGAAAAACCUGUGAAGUCGUUGGUAGCAGUUGCCAGAGGCAUGUUCGAGGGUGUCUUUACAAUCUGCAGUGGAAGUUUAGAUGGGGAAAUUAGGGUGUGGGAGAUCUCAAGAUGUUCAAACCUCAAGAACAAAUCCCAUGAGAUUAGCAUUUUAUUGGAUGGAGUUCCUAAAAGUUGCUAG